GAAAGGCAUUGGAACAGAGGUGUGUCGAACUCCUGGAUGAGCCACAGUAGUUCUGGAAAGCUGGGACGGCUCAUUUUCGUCUGGCCAGCUUUCCCUUCCUCCACCCCCAGGGGUCCCGUACACGUAUAUUAUCUCAUUUAAUCCCCACCUCAACCUUGCAGUGAAGUAUUACUAUCUCCUUUACAGAUUAGGAAACUGAACCUCAUGAAGUUUAAACGAUAAUGUUCAAGAAGGUAGUGGAAUCAAGAUUUGAACCAAAGUCUGUGUUCCGCUAUUCUCAUAUGAUAGAAUUUAUAUGUUUGCCUUGCUAAAAGUAAACACUGGAAAGAGUGGAUUCUCUCUAUUCUCAGUUCCCUUGCUCCUGAUUAUGAUUCACUGGCUUUCAAAGAGCUAAAUAGGCAUGGGGCUCUCCCAUCUCCAAACCCUUGCUCUAGAAAUUUUCUUGAUUGCGUGGGUUGCUUGGUCCAUGGACCUCUACGAAGCCAGAUGACUUGGGUGUCAGGACUGUCUGGGGUGAGAAAAGAGGAAGCUUUCGUCCAUCGGCUCACAUUCUCCAUUGGCCAAAGACUCACUCCAUGAGGCAUUAUUGUCCCUUUUCCUUAUACCUGACCACUCAAAUCCCAGCCAUCCUUGAAGCCCCAGGUCAAAUGCUACCCUUCUACAAAGAUGUCGCCGAUCUAUCUCCUUGCCAACAGGUAGCUCCACCUUCCCUGAAACUCUCACAUAUUUCCUUUGUACCUGCCUCCAAAUAUUUUUCACAAUCAACUUAUAUAAUUACCCCUUCCAUAUUGUAGCUUCCUUGAAGACAAGAACUAUGACAUUUAUCCCUGUUGUCCCUUGAAGCUCUUGGCACAGCACAUGCAUGUAGUAAGGGUUCCCUAGAUGAAUAAUAUAUAAAUGAAUGAAUUUCCCUGACAAGGUGCUCUCUUCUUGAAAAUAUUGGAUAAUCUACAUCCAGGUAACUACAAAUCAAUUGCUUUAGCUUCCUUUAGAGCUUUUAAUUAGUGAGAUGUUCCUCCAUCACCAGCAUCCAUCUGAUUUCUCCAGGGUUUACUGGCCCCUCAUCAGUUAAUGUAUACAGAAUGUUUUUUCCAAAUUUAUUUGCUUUACGGCUCUGAACAUUUUAAAAAUUGAACUGAAAAAAAGAGCGAGAACAGGACAACCUCUCUGGAGUUGAAAUGAGUCCAUUUUUCUCUUUGGAACACCCACAAGAGGACAGUUUUUCCCCCCAGUUCAGGCAUUUGCAUCCAUAACAAUUCAUCAGACCAGAAAGUGGACCAAAUCACGAGAGUAAAAGCAUCUAGGAAUAUCAUGCUCUAUACUUAGCCCACUCGAUUUCCUGCUGAAGUCGAAUUUCUUCCAUUCCUGUCAGCCCUUCAGGAUCAGCAGACGGCAGCGGUCUCCCUAGUUUCUCCUGGAAACUUUCCACGGUAGAACCCCAAAACAGUGGCCAGCGGUCCCCAAGGCAGGUUGUCUCCUGCUGUGUGGUUAAUGAAGCUAGUAGGCGGGCAGCUUCCCCCCCGGUUGCCAUGGAAGCGGCCAGGGCCGCUGGCCCUCUGAAACCGGAAAACAACAGCAAGUGCAUUCCAUCCUGCCUCGCAGAUUAAACCAGCUGUCAAGCCAGGGCGAAGAACCAGGCGAAGAACCAGUCCGCAGCGUGGAAAAGCAAGCCUCACGUUGGAACUCCCAGAUAUGAGGAAAUAAGUCAGAUGAUAGCGAACAGUUUUGCGCCCACUGUAUAAACCCAAGGAGAUACGGAUCAUACCAGGAUCAUGGUGAAUCCUGUGUCGCGCCUCUCACUGUGAACUGUUUGAGUUGCAAUGAACUGGCUCACGAAGGGGAGACACAACCUUGCGGGCCCACACUGAGACAAGAAUGGCCCCACCUUCUGGGCACAGCCUCCUGCUGACCAGCGCCCUGGGCAUCCUUGUCCUGGGUUGCUUCACAGGAGGUCAGAGGAACAGCACUCUGAUCUUCACGAAGGAAAACACCAUUCGGAACUGCACUUGCUCCGCGGACGUCCGGGACUGUGACUACACUUUGGCCAACUUGAUGUGCAGCUGCCACACCGUCCUGCCUUCCGCAAUAGAGCAAACCAGCUACGAUGACAGACUGACCGUCUGGUUCACAGAUGCGUCUGCACUGGGCCUUCUGCUUAACUUCACGUUGGUCCGGGACCUGAAGCUCUCUCUGUGCAGCCCCAACACUCUCCCCGCCGAAUACCUGGCUAUCUGCGGUCUGGAGAGGCUUCGGGUCAACACCGAGGCCAGGCGGCCGUUGCCAGAGCAGAGCUUACUCAUCCACGACGGCAGGGAAAGUGAACCCGGAGAGAAGCCCGCGCGGUUACCCGGAGGCCGGCAUACGUGUAUGUGUAUCUCAUUCUUAGAUGUGGCGCUUUUCAACGGGAAUUCAUCCUUAAAAGCAUACAGUAUAGAAAACGUUGCCAACACCACCAACCAUUUCCCCCACUUUUCUUACUUUGAAACCUUCCCAAUUUUGAGCAACCAAAGCUAUGUUGUCACGUUCAUUUACUAACGUCGUCAAAGGUUCCAACCGCCAGGAACUUUGGCAAACUGUGGAGAACUUGAAAAGGAAUCUGGGAACCAGGCCAUGGGUAUCCUUACCUUCAACUUCACCUGUCCGCCCAGCCCCCAUUCACAUAUACACAGCCCAUAUACACAGCCAGCCCUCUCUGCUCCGCUCCGAGCCCAACCAUGGGAGCUGUUCAGAAAAACAAAAUAAAUAGAAAGAAACAAACAAAAAACAAACCCCAAAACACAAAGCAAAAAAAAAAAAAAAAAAAAAAAAAACCUACUUCAGUCCAGAACGUCUUGUGAGCCAGCUAGAGGCCAGGCCCGGGCUCCCGGGGGUCUGGGCAGAAACAUCAGAUGGGGAAUGGAGAAAGCAGGCCACGUCAAGGACUGCUCAGCGGGACUCCGCACAGGGGAUGACGCCCCAAGGAAGAUAUCUUCCUUCAAGACACUGCCUUAGUUUCUCUUCUCUUGCUUCGUUUUGUUACACUGGCUUGGAAUUCCCCUAAGAAGAGAACGCUAGAUUUCAGACGCUUCAGGACUAUGCGUUCCGCAAAAUGAUUCGGUUCUCUUUAGACUGAUGUUUUCCAAAGACCUUGCCAGACACGUCUGCACUGAGAAAGGGGAGUUUUGAGAGUGGAACAGGCCUGGUGAGGGUGGGACCUUAGGACCAAAGGAGAGCACUGGGAUUUGAGGAGUGGGAUACAGAAACGAAAAGUCAGGGGACACAAAAACCGAUGGCAUGGAUCUCAACAUUUUGCUUACAGCAAGACCUAAACCCAGGGAGUUUCUCUUGUGGACCUUUUGCUUUCAUUCUUUCUGUCUUUGCCUGCCUCCGUCUUGGUCCCCGGUGUAUCACUUCGGCUUUUUCUCCCCCUCCCCCUCCUCCCUCCACUCCAGAAAUAAGAACUACAUUUAACAUCACUAGGGGCUAGUCUGGGAACCUAAUAAUCAUUUAGAAUGUGGUUCUUAUGGGCACAAAGGCUCAUACUACUAAAAUAUAAUUAACAAAAGAAUGUUUA